UUGUGUCAAGGGGUUACUCCUCCAGCUCCCCUGAGGAGCUGGCUCGCCCGCCUCCCACAGACGGGGAACAAACUCUGGUUUGUUGGCCUCCCCGAGCAUCUAUACAGAACACAUGCCAACCAGGUCAGGUUAAAAGCAGUGUGGUUGAGGAUGUAUUGAAGAUGUGGCCCCCUCCUGCCGGCCCUAAAGACAAAGAGCCAGAGAAGGACUUUGGRCCUGGUGGAAAAAGCUACGAAGGAGAGCAGCCUGCCAGGAGCAGCAGCAGAUCUGCAGCCCUACCUGGGCUUCAGAGUCACCUGGGACAGCCCCACACUGCCACUGUGACCACCAGCACCCCAAGACCCCCAGAGCACAGCCAGCAGAGUGAGACCAGUGAGGCGGGCAAAGCUGAGGUUGGAGAGAGGAACUUUCCAGCUCCCAGUCCUCCAGCUGCAGAGCCUGCCAAACCAACCAGCGACCAGCCCACUCCAAACAACCUAGCCGUCCUCGAUACAGUGGUGGCCUCCGGCACAUUCCAGGGGACUGCAGAGGCCCAGCGUCCUCCCCUGAACCUGGACUUCCCUCUGUGGAACAAAGACCAUGCCACGCUGGAGGACAUGGAGCUCACCUGCCAGAGACCGCCCUCCGUGGUGAUACUGGAUGAACAGAUGGACCUACAAGCCAUCGGCGAGUGGGGGGAGCAGCUGGUCCACUCCUUCCUGUGUAACUGGAGAGACGGCGGCGACCCGGGACGACCUGCUCACAUCCUGUGGUGCAAUCAGGGCAGAGAGAGCGGCCAGCCCUACGACUUCAAGCUCACCUUCGGGGCGGGGUCCACGCCGGGGGUGGUGUUCAUCGAGGUGAAGUCGACCGUGAAGAAAGAGAAGUCCUUCAUCCAGCUUUCGGCCAACGAGCUGGACUUCGCGCUGAAAGAGAAGGACCGCUACCACAUCUACAGAGUGUACAGCGCAGGAGACGCUCAGGGCGUGCGCCUGUGUCGCAUCCGGAACCUGGCGCAACAUCUCCACACUAAAGACUUAGGACUUUAUCUGUUUGUAUAGCUCCUUUUUAACUCUGAGGUCUUAUUUGCACUAAACCAACAGUUCCUACCCUGAAAGCAAAUGUUUAGCACAGAAGAUUUUGUAGACCUUUAAAGUUUUAUGUAUUUUUUUUUAUUUAUGAAGGUUGAAAGGUUAUGAAAGGUUCUUUGCACUGAAUAUUUUAACCUUUGUUAUAAAAGUUCCACAUGUUUACAACCAUUCCUUUAAAAUAAAAAAAUUUAUUUUACCUGUUUGAAA